AGAAGAGGAGAAAUAUGCUUUGAUUCAGUACAAAUGGUGGAAUUAUCAUUACAGCAAUAUUGAUAGCCACCAUAACGACUCGGUCGACCCCUGUGAAUGGGAGGAGAUAGUUUGCAACGAACUUGGAAGUAUUACUCAGAUUUGGAGACAAGUAUCCCUCCGCAGCAGCCUCGCCUUGUAGAUCUUAACUUCACUGCAUUUCCUAAUCUAGAACGGCUAGGUCUUUAUGGAAUGGGGUUGGUGGGUAGCAUUCCAACUCAAAUUGAAACUCUUCGUAAUCUCACCCAUCUAUACUUCUUUGACAACAAUCUUACUGGCACCAUUCCAACUCAGAUUGGAAGUCUUGGCAGUCUCAUACAUCUAAACUUGUCUUAUAACAAAUUAACUGGUGAGUCGCAAGCCUUUCCUUCCACACCUAUUAAACUUCAGUCCUCUGGAAUUGAUGGAUUUGAGUGGAAACAAGGAUUUGGUUAA